GACAUGAUUUCAUAGGAAAAUAAUCAAUUUUAGAGUGGUCACUAAUGUCGCUUAAUCACACCAACCCAUCACACAGUAUUUAACUGUAACAACACACACACACACACACACAAGCUAGUAAGCUAGUGAGUGUAUUUUAAAAUGUAAUAAUUAUUAUUACAGAUUAUUUGUGAUUCUAAUCAAGCAUUUUGUCUCUGAGGUAAAAUCACUUCCAUGUAUUAUUCCGUCGCUUUUGUCGCCACCUGGUGGCCACGUGAUGUCACUGCAGCUGUAUUGUAAAUGGUGUCUGCUGUGCGUUAAUGGCGUUUUCAGUGCUGGCGCUUAAACUAUCGCUCAUCAGGCGUCUUAUUUUCAUUACAUCAGUGUAAGAAUCAGCAAAAAAACCGCCUGACGAUGAGCGCGAUAUUGUUAUCGUGGUCAGAAAAAGUGCUACAGCUUCUCCGGCGUAUGAACAGCUUUCAUUUACCAGGUUCUAGUUUAGAGAAAUGUCUGCGGUUCGAGGUCGCAGGUCAGCAGGUGGGCUGGAUCCGCCCGGGCGUGGCGUCGGUGCUGCGCCGUUACCCGGAGGUGUUCUGUACAGUAGGGGGCGCUAUAGAGCUCUGCCCCACGCUGGACACGUAUGAGCGCAGGACGCAGGCGGUGGAGGUCGUGCUGCAGACGCUCAGAGAUCAGGCAGAGUUUAGGUGUCUAAAGGGCUGGAGAAAUGAGAAGUAUGCGGUGAUGCCGAGGUUCUGCGACACUCCGCUGAUGCACAUGGAGAGAGCAGCGACGAGUCUGUUCGGAGUGAAGCGUUAUGGUGUCCACAUUAACGGAUUCAGUCGAGACGGAGACGGGAAGCUGAGCAUGUGGCUCGGCAGGAGAUCCAACUCUAAACAAACUUAUCCUGGAAAACUGGACAACCUGGCAGCGGGAGGUCUAGCAGCCGGCUGCAGUGUUAAACACACGCUGGUGAAAGAGUGUGAGGAGGAAGCGUGUAUCCCUCCAUCACUGGCGCAGAAAGCGCGACCCAUAGGAACCAUCAGCUACACAUACGAGGAUGACGAGGGCGUGUUCCCCGAGUGCCAGUUCGUGUUUGAUUUGGAGCUCCCGAGCGAUUUCAAGCCUCAGAUCGGAGACGGAGAAGUGCAGGAGUUUUAUUUCUACCCCAUCGACAAGGUUAAGGAACUGAUCAUAAGUGAGGAGUUUAAGCCAAAUUGUGCCAUGGUGGUGCUGGAUUUCCUCAUCAGACACUCCGUCAUAGAACCCGACUCAGGCGAGUUACGCACUUUCAACACAUUCUCUAAACAUGUGUGUGUGUGUGUGUGUGUGUGUGUAGAUUUAAAAUAAAACUAAUCCCAUCCAAAUAGGGCUUUAGACAGCAACACGCUGUCCAACUGCAUUUUCUUAAACUUUCACAGAGUAUUAAUUCUUUUAUUUUUGACAGUUGACACACAUUUACCGCAUGCUAGCUUGGUUAACUUUUACAGUAAGGGUGUGUGAGAAACAAUCUUGACUCUUGUUUUUAAACGUCGUUUCGCACUUUUCUUUUUCAGAG